AUGGCGAUCCAAUGGCGUCGCUUGGGUCGUGCUUCAUUGGACGGCUCAAGGGAGAGAGGCUUCGUCAGCCUUGUUAACGGGGUUUAUGAGACAAGCAAGACACCAGCUGAUCAAUUGUGGCCCCAGGCUGAUGCAUCCGGCGCUGGGCAACACAGGCUGGAGUGGGUGCCAAGGGGACCAGGAAAGCCGGAGGAACCAUCUCAGCCACUGGGAGUUCUUAGCUCUGCCGGGGUCCAUGAUCGGUGGGGAUCUUGGAAGAGAGGUGAUUGGAGCGUGGCCUUGCUACCAGCGACUUGGCGACGCCUGUCACUCGUCUGUGUGGUUGCUGCUCGCCCUUGGCCGACGUAUCCAUCAUCCCAGACACCCGCUGCCCCCAGGCUCGGGUCUGUCCAGAACGAGCUGGACGUCGAGGGGCAGACGGAGCCUCCUAUAUGUGGCUUCAAGAGUUCCGCAGUCUGCUCUCCCCCAUCCCCCACUCUCGCCGGGACCACCGGAACGGACGCCGAUGCCACGGAUGCCGACGCUGAUGCCACUGUUGGCCGUGGCUCCAUCAGCAGCACGCUCGACACGGCUCCCGCCUUAACCACCGAGUCCGCCCACAUACUUUCAGUGCCAGAUGUCUGCGCGCUGCUCGAGACAGACCUCGAAAAUGGAAUCGACGGUUCCGAGGCUGCCCGUCGCCUGCAGCACCAUGGCCCUAACAAGGUUGAGGGAGCUCGAGGGUUAUCCGUGUGGACGAUUCUCAUGAGACAGGUGUCAAACAGCCUGACUCUUGUCCUCGUCAUCACCAUGGUCCUCUCCUUCGCCAUCGAUGACCACAUUGAAGGCGGUGUUAUCGCCGCUGUCAUCCUGCUCAACAUGGUGGUCGGAUUCGUCCAAGACUUCCGCGCUGAGCAGACCAUCCAGGCACUGUACGCGCUCUCUGCACCCACGUGCAAGGUAAUUCGCGGUGGCCACACGGAUAACAUCAAGGCUGAGGCCUUGGUACCCGGCGACCUAGUCAAGCUUGGAGUUGGCGACAUCGUCCCGGCGGAUCUCAGGCUCGUACACAGCAUCAAUCUCUCUACUGACGAGGCGUUGCUCACCGGCGAGUCUGUCCCUGUGAGCAAGCACGCCGAGAUCAUCCUCAAGGACCGCGAUGUACCCCUGGGAGACCGCCUCAACAUGGUGUACUCAGCCAGCGUCGUUUCCCGCGGGCGUGCUACUGGCAUUGUCGUCGCUACGGGUAUGACUACCGAGGUCGGUAGGAUUGCGGAGCUCCUAAGGAAGAGCAGAGAAAACCCGGCCGACAAGCGGACAACUGUGCUCGGGAAGGCUUGGGUUAAGGUCCGAAAUGGUCUUCGGGUUCUGCUCGGCCUUGACGGCACGCCCAUGCAGGUUGCUCUGAGCAAGUUCGCUCUAUUGCUAUUUGCCCUGGCCAUCACUCUGGCCAUCAUCGUCUUCUCCGCCAGCCGCUGGGAUGUCACCAGCGAAGUCCUGAUCUACGGUAUUUGCGUGGCGGUUGCCGUUAUCCCGGAAUCACUCAUUGCCGUCCUCACCAUCGCCACGGCCAUCGGCACUCGCGCUAUGGCCAAAGGCAAUGUUGUCAUCCGCAAACUCGCCGCUCUUGAAGCUGUCGGCGGAGUCACUAAUAUCUGCUCCGACAAGACCGGCACACUGACCCAGGGCAAGAUGGUUGCCAAGCGGGUAUGGCUGGUCGACGGAACCGAGGUGUCCAUCCAGGACACAACCCAUCCCUUUGAUCCCACCAGCGGAAACGUGCGCGUGGGAGACGAGGUGUACACCCCCAAGUCUCUAACGGCUGAAAAGAGCGCAGCCCGGCUGAAGGACUUCCUUGAGACAGUCGCUCUCUGCAACAACUCGAUCGUCACCAAAACCGACGCCUCCUACACGGCCAUUGGUGAGCCCACUGAAAUUGCUCUCCAGGUCCUGGCGAUGCGCUUUGGCACGGGCAAGCCCGAGCUACUGCAGUCGGGCGGCCACCGGCUCCUAGCCGAGUUCCCCUUCGAUUCGUCUUGCAAGCGGAUGACAGUUGUCUGCACCGACGACGCAGGCGCGUUCGCCUACACCAAGGGUGCUCUCGAGGCCAUGCUUCCCCUGAUGGAUGUUUCUGACGAGCAAAAGAACACUAUCGUCGCCAAGGCUGAGUCUCUAGCCAGCGAGGGCCUUCGGGUGCUUUGUAUCGCUAGGAAAUCUACCAACCCCCAAGACUUUAUUCCCCAGGAUCCUACAACGGCGCCAGAAAAGGUGCCCUCACAGGUAAACGAAAACCCGGACCAGCGUUCCUCGGUCGAGAGAAACCUCACGUUUCUCGGCUUGGCGGGUCUCUAUGACCCGCCCAGGCUCGAGUCUGCCACAGCCGUCAAGCGGUGCCAGCAGGCCGGUAUUACCGUCCACAUGCUCACCGGCGAUCACGUCAAGACAGCCACAGCCAUCGCCUACGAGAUCGGCAUUCUGGACCGCGCCAACCACGGCAACGAGAAAAGUAUCAUGGUCGCCGGCGCGUUCGACAGCCUCAGCGACGCUCAAGUCGACGAGAUGGAGCACCUGCCUCUUGUCCUCGCCCGGUGUAGCCCGACAACCAAGGUGCGCAUGGUGGAAGCCAUGCACAGAAGGAAGGCGUUUUGUGUCAUGACCGGAGACGGUGUGAACGAUUCGCCCGCACUCAAAAAGUCCGACGUGGGCAUUGCCAUGGGUCUGAACGGCAGUGACGUUGCGAAGGAGGCUGCGGACAUGGUCUUGACUGACGACAACUUUGCCUCGAUCGUCACCGCCAUCGAGGAAGGCAGACGCUUGUUUGACAACAUCCAAAAGUUCCUCCUCCACCUCCUUGUCUCCAACAUCGCCCAAGUCUUCCUCCUUCUUAUCGGUCUGGCCUUCAAGGACCCGCGUGGCAUCUCCGUUUUCCCCCUAUCGCCCCUCGAGAUUCUCUGGGCCAAUCUUGUCACCUCGUCGUUCCUGGCCCUCGGCCUCGGCAUCGAGGACGCGCAGCCGGAUAUUAUGCAGCGCCCACCCCACGACCUCGCCACUGGCGUCUUUACGCGGGAGCUCAUCAUCGACAAGUUCGUCUACGGCACCGCCAUGGGCGGCCUGUGCCUCGCCGCGUUCACCUCGGUGGCCUACGGCGUCAACGGGCCGAAUGGCUUGGGAGUCAUGUGUAACGAGGAUUACUCGGACGCGUGCAGCGUCGCGUUCAAAGCCAGAGCUACGACGUUUGCCACGCUGACCUUCCUACUGCUAGUGAUGGCAUGGGAGGCCAAGCACUUCACCCGGUCGCUGUUCAACAUGCAUCCCGAGAAGUACUCAGGUCCAUUGUCUGUCUUCAAGACAGUCUGGCAGAACAAGAUUGUCUUCAAGCACGAUGCCAUCACAUGGGAGUGGGGUGUGGUAGUCGGCGACGAACGACUUCUCAAAACAAUAGCCGGCAGAUACGAAGUACACUAUAGACAGGCAUCUAUCCUAGGAGCGAGCAUAUUAUCCCGAGCCUCGCCAUCGAGCUCCGCCAUCAAUAUUGCCACUAAUUAUCGAUAUGAGCACCAACCGAGCUAA